AGUCAUCAAAAUAAGUGGCAUCAACUCAUAUUGAUUCUAAAUACCAUAAAGAAUUUCUAAAUACCAUAAGGAAUUUCUAAUACUGUGACUUAGAACUUAAUUGUUAAUAAAAAGUGCAAGCUCACUGAUUUCAAGCAAAAAAUAUAAAUUUUUGAAUAUCUACUAUGUUAGAAUAGUGAUGUAGUAUGUUCUCAGAUUUUACACAUGUAAUGGUUCAUUUUUAUCGCAACCAGAUGACUUUACCUAUGAUUAAUAAUUUGUUUUUCAUGAUAAUCCAAUAUAUAAAAUAAGAAAUGUUUGGAUUAUAAUUUAGAUUUAACUAUUCUUUAUUCAUUUCACAUUUACUCAUUUUUCUAUAUAUUUUUAGAUAGUAAAAAUGAUAAAUUUUUAGUUUACUCAUUUCUAAUUUUUAUAAUGUGCAUUAUAUAUAUUAAAUAUAUUUAUAUUACGACAAAAAAUACAUUUAUAUUGUCUAACCCCGGACGUAGCCCGGGCAAAAUCUCUAGUGUAUAUAAACAGAGAAGUCACAUGGCUUUUGGAGGGUCCUGACAGUGAUUAAUUGUUAUGAAUCACCUAAGCAAUCAUAGCUUUAUGGAACUUUAUUUUUCUUAGCUAUGCCAAAAUAAAUUAUUUUAUUUUUCAUAAAAUUCAAUUCACUCUAUUUGCUUAUUUGUCUCUAUUGCUCUAGACUUGUGAAUAUUCUAUCCUGGAAUAAGGUCCAAUUUCAGCCUUGUUUAUACCUGGAAAAUCGUUAUACUAUUUUAUGCAAAAACCAAUAUAUUCACUCCAGAUAUAUAUAAUAAAAAAUUGUCAAAAAUAAUUGAAGAAAGGCUGCCCAUGUGGGCACUUCCAAGUAAUCUCCAGAAUCGAUGCUUCAAAUACAUUGGAUGUUACUAAAACAACACAUAUAUGAACAAACAAACACCCACAAAAGAAGAUCAGAAGACCCGAUCUUUGUUAUAAACACACAACUUCUUUCUUUUUAGAAUAUCUUGUCUUCAUUUUCUUAUAACUUUCUAGUCUUUCUCUACUUUUUUCAGUCUCUAGUUUGAAAAGGAAAUGGAUCUUGUAAGUUCGAGUGAAUCAUUUAUUGAUGAUCUUAUAGAAGAUUACUGGUUCUUUGAGAACUUAUUUACCAGGAGAUCGAGAGCCUUAAGGGAUUGUCCCUCAGAUCCUUACCCUUCUUCUUCUUCUUUGAGUUGUCAUGAAAAAAUGGGAGAUUCAGAUGAGAGGAAGUAUCUAGAAGCUUCCACAGGGCGAUGUUUGAACAGGGCAGCUUCGAUAGAUGGAAGAGAAGGAGGAUCCAAGAAGAAGCAGUUGUCUGAAAAUAUUAUGGUUCAAGAACAGACACCAGUUAUGUCUUUCUUGCAUAAGAAGGAACCUGUGGUUCUUCCCAAAUCUGGAUCUCGCUCGGCUCCGGGGAAGAUUCAAGAACCUUCCACAGAGCGCAGUUUGAUCCGGGCACCUUCUUUGCCACCUCGGAUAGACAAAAGAGAAAUGGAGUUAGAGGCAAAGAAGAUGAUUAAUAAGCUGACACGGCAGUUCUCUGAGAAGAUUAGGGUUCUAGAACCAACGACAACAACGAGUGAUCGUUUCUUGCAGAAGAAGAAAACACUUGCUCCAAAGAAAGCUAGUAGUACUGAAAGGAACAGAAGAGGAGCUGAUAGUAGUAGCAGUGUCAAGAUUAGUUUGCAAAGAACUCAAACGAUGCCAAAUAACAUUAGAAGAGGAGAAGAAGAACUUGAAGAUCAAGAAACCGACUCAAGAAUGGGAUUCUUGAUCCGUGAAGCUCUUGCAAGCUCACAAAAUGCUCAAAAUGUCUCAGGCAAUGAAAGGCAGAGACCACCGAGACACUUGAAGCCAGAAGCAACUGUUUUGGUCAAACAAACAAGCCCAAGUCCCAAAACGCUGCGUAAAACGGUAAGCAGCAUAGAAACAGCCAAAGAGAUUCAAGGUUAUGAUGAUCAAGUGGUCGAGCCGCGUGUUGUGAACGGGUUAGCUACACCACCUAGGGUUCCGAAGGAUACAAGGAAAGAAAUGAAGGAUCAGAUCAAGUUUUGGGCUCGAGCUGUAGCUAGUAAUGUCCGACAAGAGUGCUGAAAAUUCUUCUAAUUACACUAAUUAACUCUGUUCUUGUAUGGCACUAUUCCGUACAAAUGAUUCUUAUCUUGAACUCUAUUGUGUUUAUUUUCUUUCUGAUCCUCCUGAAAUAAUGAGAUUCUUCUGUUUAUGUGAU